AUGCCUCCAAUCCCAAAACGCUGGAAAGGCAUCUGCGGAAAGGGCCAACAAUUCAACAGCACAAAUUGCAACAAGAAAAUCAUUGGCGCUCGGUGGUUCGUAAAAGGAUUUCUUGAAUCACAUCAAUUAAACAAAAGUGGAGUCAAAGAUUAUCUAUCGGCAAGGGAUAUUGAUGGGCAUGGAACUCACACAGCCUCAACUGCCGCUGGGAAUUUUGUGAAAAAUGCAAACUAUAAAGGACUGGCAGCGGGAGUGGCGAGAGGCGGAGCGCCUCGUGCUCACUUGGCGAUCUACAAGGCCUUGUGGGAGGAAAGUGGAAGAGGCGCUACAUCUGAUAUUCUAAAAGCAAUCGACAAAGCCGUUGACGACGGCGUUGACAUCAUAUCCGCCUCUCUUGGCUCGACCGUUCCUCUUCUGCCUUUGGAUAAGGAUCUAACCGCAUAUGCUGCUCUCUUGGCCACUGCAAAGUGA